CUUGCCCUCACCAGUUUAACUUCACCAUGGUGACUGGCGCCCCUCCAAUUAGUCCCAAACUAUGCGGCAUCAGACUGAUUAAACAAAUUACGAGUGUUACAAUGAUCGGGUGUUAAUAUUGCUGGCUGUUAACGCAGGUUCAGUUUCUGUACCAAUUCACGCUGCUGAUGCGUCCUCAUGACAUUUGACGGUCGAGAUAGAUGAGGAAGAGAGAUGGAGGGAUUUUUUGUGCUUUUGUUGUCCCCCUCUUCUACUCCUCUUUUCUCCCUGCGUUGCUGUCAAACCUCUUUCGUGAACUUUCGGUACUGAUAGGACGACAUGAUCUCUGUAUUAAAUCGCGAUCAUUACUGACCAUGUUCGCAGACCUGGAUGCCAGCGGCUUUGGAACACCAUUGUCUUCUGAGCAAGUGAUAUGCAUUCAGGGGCGUCCCUAUGCAUCCCCUGAGCUGAAAAUACUGGCUCCGUAUCCCUCCUUCCCCAAUUGAAAAUUGAAGCUUGCCACGACUCAGCUUCGGCGGGACUCAUAGAAAGCUGGGGUGUGCGGUCAGAGUUCGAUAUCCAAGGGGC